CCGCUGGGACCAUCCGCAAGGGGUGGGGGUGUGACAGUGCAGCCUCCUCGUUGAUUGGCUUGGACCUGCCAGGGAGCAGCAGCGGAGGCUUUGCGCUGCCCCAGACCGGGAGCCCUCAGGAUGUGCGUGGGGUGGAGCCCACUCGGGAUCCCAGGGCCAGGGGCUGCCGCCAGGAGGCAUGGACGCCUCUCUCUCCAGAGCAGCACUCCGGGGGCCAGCUUGGGCCCUGGGGGGCUGGUGGCAGGGGUCCCAGGGCCCGCGAUGGCGAAUGCGAGCGUGUAGGCAAGGAGCCCCUGGCAGGCUGAAGGACGGGCUGGCUGAGGACUGUCUUCCUUUGAGACAUCCCGGACUCCUCCUCGGGUGAAAGUGGCUGGGAAAUCACAGAGUUUUCUGUUUGAUGGAAGAAGGAAAUCCAGCCUCUCUCCAGAGUGGCAGCGGCCGGCUGGACAGGCAGGUACCGCUCCCCUGGGGAACUUGGAUGUUUGAGACGGAGGCAGAUGAGAAGAGGGACAUGCCCUUGGAGGAAGGGAAGGGGCCAGGCGCGGAGGAAGCCCCACCCAGCAAGGACCCCUCUCCUGCCCAGGAGCUUCCUUCAGGACAGGAUCUCCCACCCCAGGACUCCUCUUCAGAGCAGGAGCCCACUCCUGGCCAGGAAUCACCGUCCAGCAAAGAUUCACCUCCCUACCAAGAGCCCUCAGAAGCCCCGCUGAGCGAGGACUCCCCACCCGCCCCAGACCUCCAGCCCUGCCAGGACCUGCCUGCUGCUCCGGGUCCCACUCCGAGCCAGGACCCUCCGCUGGCCAAAGGCCUCGCUGACAUCCCGGAACCUCCUGCCCAGGACCUCCCCGCCUGUGGGGACCUGCCUCCUCACCAGGCCCCCCCGCCAGCCGAGGCCCUCGCCGAGGAGACCACUAGCUCUGGGGACCCUCCAGCCACCUCCAGACCCACCUUUGUGAUCCCCGAGGUCCGGCUGGACAGAACCUACAGCCAGAAGGCAGAGGCCGAGGGAGGCAGCUCUGGAGAUGAGGAGGAGGCGGAGGAGGCGGAGGACGGGGAGGAGGGCGAGGAGGACGAGGAGGAGGACACGAGCGAUGACAACUACGGGGGGCACAGCGAGGCCAAGCGCAGCAGCAUGAUAGAGACGGGCCAGGGCGCCGAGGGCGGCCUCUCCCUGCGGGUGCAGAACUCGCUGCGGCGCCGGACGCACAGCGAGGGCAGCCUGCUGCAGGAGGCCCGCGGGCCCUGCUUCUCCUCCGACACCACCCUGCACUGCUCGGACGGCGAGGGCACCGCGUCCACCUGGGCCAUACCUUCGCCCCGCACCCUCAAGAAAGAGUUGGGCCGCAAUGGUGGCUCCAUGCACCACCUCUCCCUCUUCUUCACGGGACACAGGAAGAUGAGUGGACCUGACGGAGUUGGGGACGAUGACGAAGCUUCUCAGAAGAGAAAGAGCAAAAACCUGUACGUUGGGAAGAUCCACAGUCUUCAUUCUUGGGACUGGGGAGGCUCCCUGCACCCUUCUUCCUCCUCUGCCCAAGGGUUUGUCUUGUAUCCAGGGGGACAGGUGGGGAGAAGGGCUGUGCCCAUCCCCUCCCUAGCCCCAGACAGAUAUCAAGGAUCAAUAGGAUCUUGAGGAUUGGCAGUGGCCCCAGGGCAGGGUCACCAGGGUCUUGAAAAUCCACUUGGAGUGAGGCAGGGUGUCUAUUCAGUACCUAGGAGCCCACAGCGAGCCAGAGGCAAUUAGCCAGGUUGCCCAGCUGCCACCCAGCCUCUGAGCCAAGUAGUGAUGUGGAUAAGACCUUUGCUCCCUCUGGGCCCCGGAGUGAUCUGAGAAAGGGCGGCGGAAUUGACAAUUCUGGGGGUUCCCAUUUCUUCUCUGGAGCUCCUUAGUGCUAUCUUAAGCAUUACCAGGAGGGGGCGCUGCUGGCCUAGCUACAGUAUCCCGGGCUCCUCCAGGCCUUUCCAGCUCUGUGGGUGUGUGUGUUGUGGGGAGGGGUGUUCUUAGGCCUCAGGGAGACUUGGGAGAUGUGCAGGGGAGAAGGCCAUGGAGCACAAGUCUCAGAGAGAGCUUCCAAGUUUGGUAGUAUCCAGCCAUUAUGCAGAAAUUGGGCCUGGGGGAAGAGGACUGGAGUCUUCCCCAGACACCUCCAGUGACCCUCUUCCCUGGCCUUGACCUUGGCUGGGGUCCACUGCCCUCUAACCCCCCACCCGCCGACCCCAGCCUUUUCUGUAGCAACCUUAGACUUCCCUCAUUCUGCACCCAGGAACAAGAGUACUUUCUCAGGAAGGUCAAACACAAACAAAAAUAGUCCUUUGCCCCAACCAGCCUCACUAAACUACUUUUUUGGAAGGGAGGGUCUCUGUAGCUCCAGGGCUGCUGUGGGUGGUGCUGUUGGGAGCAGUGGAGUGGCGGGGGACCCAUGUCCAGGGUGCUGGAGUUGCCUGGGCCCACCGCCUCCAGUCUCCUUUCAGAAUGGGCACCACCUUUGGAAUGCUUGACACUCACACUCCUCAAGGCUUAAUUGAGGGCACUUAGCAUCCGGGGUAAUAACAGGCCUGGGUUCCUGGGGUCAAGCAUUGUUCUAUGUCACAUAGGAUGGAAGGAGAUUGUUACUUUUGUUUGAUGGAAGUGAAUUGUUACUGUUAUUUUCAUUUGACAUUUUCUAUUUACUCUAUCCUUAUUUUAUAAUGAGCAAGCUGAUGCACAAAGAGGUUAGUUACUUAUCCAACCACUUGGGGACAUGCUUGUCACUCACCCAAGUAACUUAUCCAAGUUACUCUACCACUAGUAGAGCUGGGUGGAGCUGGGAUCUGAGACCUGGCCUGCUGGCUCCUCGUGUCUGGGAGGAAAGACGCGGCUGGAAAGGAGCC